GUGGUUAACAGAAACAAUGAUACACACAGCUGUCUGAAAGAAGUUACAUAUAGAUGAGUCGAGGCCCAAGUAAAGUUCAUUUGCCUUUGAAGACAAGACAGUUGUUAUAAGUGUUUUAUUUCUGUAUCCAUGACGCCUAUCCCGAGCAACAAAGGUUUCUCAAACCAGAGCUCAAACAGCGUUAUUACAUUAUUAUUAUUUCUUAUAAUCAAUAUAACUAUUGCAAAAGGCUAGCAUACUCUCAGAGAGCCAGUCAUGAUACAUAUAUUCGAACGCCCUAUAAGACACCGCUCAGAUAAAACAUUCAUUCAUUCAUAUGCUCCUUGUAAUGUCUCGGGGAUACUGGGAGAUGGCUUUAGCUGGCCGCGUGAGCGACCGCCCUCAUUUGACAGCAAAAGGCUGUAGCAGUAGCAGCCGAGUUGCUGUUGUUACACAGCUCUAAAAAGUGAGAGGGCAGUUGCUAGCUCGGUCGGUAGCAUUUCCUCGCUUUCCACUGUUGCCUAUCGUCUGCUCCUGACUGUUGUGUUGUUGAUGCUGCUGCUGCUGCUGCUCAUAAUGCUGAUGAUGAUCCUGGCUCUAUUGCAUUUAAUGUUAUGUGAUACAUCCGACCUGACUGAUCCCUGGCAGUUUCGCCCUCGGUUGCAGUGCCGUAUGUCUUCAUUGCACACAGAGAUUCCCGUGCUGGUUGCCGUCGUUUCCACCGCCACCACGACAACCGAAAAGGAGGGCUUACUUUGCACCGUUCCCGACACGACCAUGUCACUGCUCUCGCAAGUACAAGCUGCAUUGACUGAGAACGUCGUCUCGCGCAGCGUCUAUGGAUUCUUUAAGGGUGCCGCGGGUAAUAACGGUGGAGGAAUACGUCCUGAAGCUAUCACCUCUGAGGUUGAUCGAGCUAUCGCGAAGGCCGUACGUGGUUUAGCACGGACGGGUUCACCAUUUAUUUGUAUUGCCGGUCUGUCCGGUGCUCUCGCCGUUGCCAUGGGCGCAUACGGAGCUCAUGUGGUGUACCGUCGUGAAGACAUUGAGGAGCAACGCAAGGAGAUUUACGAUCGCACGAAUAGUUACCACUUCAUUCACAGCCUAGCUCUUCUAGGAGUACCGCUUUCCAGGAGACCAUUCAUUACUGGAUCGCUUCUAUCGGUUGGUACGCUGCUCUUCUGCGGUACAUGCUACUAUCGAGCGCUAACAAACGAUACCCGUGUGCGGCAUGUAACACCCUACGGGGGAAUGCUCAUGAUCCUUGGCUGGCUUUCCAUGGCGCUGUAGGACAACCUAUCACCGUAUCUGUCAAUAUAAAUACUCCAACAUAUAAGCAUCAACAAGGACUAUAGAUCGCCAACUUUAUUACCACUACUAUGUAUUGAAUCUUUGGCAAUCGUUUAUGGACGCAAAUUUCGCCGAAUAGCGAAACAUCAGCGAGGAGGAUUUCGUGUUGUAGGGAUCUCUACGGAACCACUUCUGCGUUGAUGGUAAAGAUGACGACGUCUUUCCCCGCCACCCCCGAAGACAUGCAAGACAGUUAGACAAGAUCCUGAUCCGAAUUAACAUCUUCUGCAUGACUAUUUACAUUUACAAGAAGACAGACGAGUUAUUGUCUUUACUUGAUCUAUUUUCACACUUUGAUAUACACCAACUAGUGCAUGUUGGUAUACAAUAUGUAUUAUAUUGCUGUAUAUCGAAGCACACAAAACUCGUAGCAGGGCCGUUGACCGUCAGUUAAAUGACGGUGUACUGCUCAACGUGCACAGUCAUCAGAUUGACCAAAAUGUGCAACGUAGCAAGUACUACAUUUAGCGAAAAUAAACCAAGAUACAUUUCACAGAAUAAUAAACAAAUUAGUUUCAAAUAGGUCAAUGAACAGAGCGUAAGCAACGUGGUACACCAUAUUUCAAGAGUGAAGCCAAACAGAAAUAGGAAACCAAAAAUUUUGUAAGACGGAGGUACCGAAAUCUCAUAAAGAAACAUUUGGGAAACUGUAAUUGUGUCAUCUUAUAACAGUAAGCAUUGUCAAAUAGGAAACACUGUGAAUCAAACAGGUUUGACGUAAAAAGAAACAUGAUGGUGUUGGUUUCAAGUAUCAAAUGGCGACCUUUCCCACAUUAAAUGUAUUCUAUAUUUGUCAGGCUACGUAAAUUUAAAGCUUGAUACUUGUAUUGACUUUAGGAAAGUAAAAGGGCGAAAUAGUUAAAAUUGGGUUUUUUAUCCCGUCCUUCUGCUAUCAGAUAAAACUGCUUUCCGAAUGUAGUAAUGUUUAUUGAAAUUUAGGUAAGGGUAGAAGGCGCAUAAAACAAUGUUCUUAGUUGGACAGGAUUAAUAUUGAGAACGAAUAAGUAUAGCUUCAUACCUUAUAAUUCCUUAGCUGACACUUUUUAUGAAGCUUGUUCAUUAUUAUUUCUAUAGCCUUGAUUGUUGAGUCGAUUUUUAUUUAGUUUUUAGUAUUUCUCUGAGUUAACUGUUUUUUUUGUAGGGUUUUUGAGCUUCACAGUCACAAAUUUAUUCGCAUAAAUACGAUCCUACUAUUUACGUUACUCUUUACGACUUUGGACUUUGGCAAUUCUAGGGAUGUUAUAGUCAUGUUUUCCCUCUAUAUACAUUCAGAUGUAAUAUGAUAGAUAUUUUUCACGUGAUAAAAAAGUUUGACUUACACCUCAAGUAAAAGAGGCUAAAUCAGCUCAAAAAUAGAUUUUAUUCGCACAUGACUUUGUUUGGCUAAUAAACAGAAGUAAAGAUUAUCUAAGUAAAAUUUGUAGCGAACGUUAAAUACAUAGAGUUUAUUAGCAAAAUAAAAUCCGCAUCUAUUCGUAUAUGCAGUGCUCUGAGGCCAAUAGCCGCUUAUAAUACAGAACUUAAUUACCGGGUAUUUCCCUUUUCGGGGAGACUAGUUCGUAAAGCCCAGAAUGAUUAGAUAACAUCUAAAUACCGAUAAAAGGCUGAAGGAAUUGGCAUGUAAUAGCAUAUAUAUUGAAACAUAAUAACGACACUUACCUAAUAUUUUACCUUCUGAACCCGUUUUGUGGUCAAAGAAAAAAAUAAUGUCUGCCUUCUUGAUUACUACAAAUAGCGAUGUCUACAAAUCCGUAGGUUCCUGAGAGCCUAAAUUGGUUAUAAAAAUAUCUUCGUUGUGGUUUACGAGAAAUAAAGAGCUUUUAAGAAAUAACCAAGUUUCCACACAACGUCAAUGAUACCAUUUUUGAAACGCUAAUCAUAAAAAAUAUUGGAAUAUAAACAGCAAACCACACGUUGCCGACGUGAUUUUUGAGAAGUUUUUGGAAAAAAUGAACUAGUUAACUAAUAGUAAUAGUGAGUAUACAAUAACUGUAAUAGUUAUCAACAACUUUCAGAUUAAUGAUACCAACAGGUGGACCAUUAACUUCUUAUGUGGACUUUUUGUAAUUUCCAAAAAGACAGCUAUGAACGAGCCCAAUUAGGUUUCAACUGGGACACCGUCAAGUGCGAUGUCUGCGAAUUCAGCAACAAAAUUUACUUACAUAACAAGCGCCAUGAAAACCGCAUAGAUAUGCAAAUUGCACCAAUAUAUUGUCAAGAUUUUAAUAAGCAAAGUUACAUUGCUCAGAAUGUACACUCAUUUAAUUGUAAUGUAGCUUCUAAUUCUCAUAACGUUACAUGAAGAAUAACGCAAACGAUAAUAAUUGUAACAAAAUGGAAAUUAAAAAUAAACAUUCCUGUAUAUGAUGUG